CCAAUCAGCGCUUCUGAUGGUGAGGAUGUAUGUGUUGUGCGGUAGCGGCUACGAGCGAGCCUCGGUGGGCAGUAUGGCGGAGGAGAGCACAGUGUGCGACUUAAAGGGGCUAAAAAACCAACUAGAGGGUCUGUUGAGCCGCUAUUCUCGUGACGAGCUCUGCUCAGACACCGAACGGUUCUGUUCGGACUUUUGCACGUUGGUGGAGGAGCACGCCGCUCGUUUUCGGCUGCCGCUGCCGCAGCUCAGGGUCUUGGAGAUCGCUCUCUGCUACUUCACUCGAGCAUCCAGCUGCUUCCCAGCCAACUGUGAUCCCGCUCUCCAAACAAUCAGUAGACUGGCCUUGAGUGUCUUCGAGUUGCUGCUGUUUUUCAAACAGGAGGACUUCAGUAAAGAACCGCUGGAACGCUUCACCGCCACAUUCCAGGAAUGUCAUCUGGUCCUAGCGAAGCACCAGAACCUUCACCUCCUUCAGGUGCAGCGUUUUUUUGGGGGUGGGGGGCCGUGGGCCAGCCCGGUUCUACAGGGAAUCCUCAGCCAGUCCGGUUUACCUCAGCAUGAAGUGGAUGCAUACAUCGGCUCUGAGCUGCCCAUAUUCUUUGAGCUCCGGGUUCACUUCCUCCUGUCCCGUUCUCGCCUCGGCGAGGCGGCUGCCCUGGCUAAGCGCUGCGCCCGGCACCCCAGCGCGGGUCAGCACCUGUUCUUUCUGCAGGUCUACCUCACACAGCUUCACAAAACCUCCCAGCAGGACUGCCUGCACACAGAGGUGGCGGACGUCAGCGGUAAAGAUGCGGUUCACAUCCUCUGCAGUCUGGAGUCGGAGGAGAAGGACGAGCUGCUGCUGGCCCUCAGCUCAGCCUUCCUGUCCCAGCAGCUCCGCAGGGGGGAUAUGUAUUAUCUGGGCGACCUCGUCCUGGUGUGGACCAACCUCCACAGCCGCCUCAAAACGCCCCCGCAGGUCUUCCUGGCAGAAUGCCGACAGCUGAUGAAGUCUGCCACCAACGUAAAGUCCAUAUUUCCCUUCAUCAGAGCCGUGCUGCAGAACGUGGGUGAAGCCGGAGUCCAGUUCUGCGUGGAGCUCUGCGCCAACGCCCUGCAGGCUCGCCUCCCCUGUGACGUCAACACCAAGUCGCUCAUCUACAAAACCAUCGCAGGGCUGCUGCCCAACGACCUGGAAGUGUGCCGCGCGUGCGCUCUCCUCGUCUUCUUCCAGGAGCGGACGGUGGAGUCCUACAAGAUGGUGUACCUGCUGUACCUGCUGCCAGACCAGGAGUACCAUGUUGAGGACGGCCCCAUCAGGAACCACGUUCGCUUUGAGACCCUGCAGGUCUUGAAGAAGGAUCUGCUCUUCGACCCGGAGUUCUGGAACCUCAUCACUCUGCGGACCAACUGUCUGAAGCUGAUGAGCAAGAAGGUGGUCAGUGCUGCUCUGGAGGAAGUCAUGGAGGACAAAUGGAUCUCCAAGUACUGCGCCAAAGACCCGGCUCCCAGAUCGGGCUGCCGCGCCAAAGACAAAAGUAACGUUCUGUCCGUGGCCAAGAAGCGUCACCAGAACCAAACCGGCUCUGACGCUGCCUCCAAACGGCUGAAGACCGGCGCUGGGAAAACUCGGCUAGACGAUGCGAAGAGGAAAGGGGGCCGGGCUCUGCAGGAGUCCUCCCCCAGAUCUCUACGGCGUUCGUUUUGGCAGCUGGACAGAAUACAUGGCGGUGUGGCGUUGAGGUACGAGGACCAGAGACGCACCACCAGGCUGUCGGAGAAGAACCCUCCAAAACGCAGGAUCAGGAAGCCCAGGUGGCUCCUGGAGGACUCGGGGGCUCUGGAGGAAAACUUGCCCCUCAGGAUCAAAAGGAACGGCUUGAAACGGGGCAAAUGCCUAAACGUCCUAAAGAGAUCCAAAAUGGGUUCCAUGAAGAACAGCGCCAAGCCUCUGGUGACCUCCCGCCUGAGGGCCAACCAUCAGAACGGGUUCCCAUCCGUCCCAGUCACCCCGCCCAGCCCGCCGCAGGUCAUCCUGGAGCUGUCCCUGCCGGACAACGAGCUGAUGGCCACCUUCACGGAGGACGCCUGCAGCCGGCCCCGAGGGUUCCCGCAGGUGCUGUUCUACAAGCCCACCGUGAAGCGCGCCAGUGCGCCUUCCCCCGAGAAGACCGUCCACGGGAAGGAGGUGAUCCUCCGAGCGCGGGACCCCAGUGCCUUCGUGCAGCUGCUGCACUGCUACGCCCGCCGCCAGAAGGGCAAAGGCCCGUCCUCCCACGCGCACGGCUCUGUGUCGACCAUCACGCGGUCCUCGCUGCAGGUCAGUCCUCCGAAAGAUUCCCCCAGAGACCAGGCGGCAGAAACCGGAGUCCUCAAAGCUCGGAGUUCAAAACCGCCAACUCAGAAAGGAAGUGGAGCCAGGGAAGCAACGGAGGAAAACGUACUCCUUCAAACACCAACAGAUCCUCAAAGCUCCUCUAAGGCAGAGACUUCACACACCCCAAAGCCUCCGGAGGCUCCGCCGAUUUCAGCAGCAAAGCCGAGUGAAGAUGUGGAGAUGAAAGUCACCAUCGCCUCUCCGUCUCCAGUUUCAGACCCGGUCUCUAAGCCUCAGAGCGAGGAGAAGAAACCACAAACGACCAAAGCUUCGGAAGCUCACCAUCCCAUCCGGAUCCACGUCUCAAACGCAGCGGAUCCGGUUCUCUGUGGAGAUGGAGAAGAGCUGCUCAGGACUUCACCCUCUUCCCCUACCCAGGUGCUGGAGAAGAGCUCUACAGAGCACGAGCCGCGUGAUGGAAACAACUCCACAGCUAGACUGUCUGAUCCAGAGGUUUCCCAUGAUCCUUCACUGCAGGACAGAACAGAUGUGUCGGCACAGCCGGAAGGAGCAAAGGAGGUGCCGGAGCUUUCCCUCGAACGUGGACCUCCAGAGGACAGCACCUCAGGAGAACCAGAAACAGAGCUCAGCAGUCCAGAAGAACCGACUCCUUUCUUUGCGUCUCAGCUCCAAAACAUCAAAGAAGAAGACACGCCCCACGAAAUCGGCUUCGACGGACCGGAAAGCAGCGAGCUCAAGGAGACGUUCCCUGAGUCAGAGGAGUCCCGGCUGGAGUACUGCUGCAUCUUUUGCGAGAAGGACUUCAAGGGCUGCCGGGUGGUGGCGCACGCCAUGUUUCACUACCGCAGAGACGAGUGCAUGUUCUGCGGAACUGUCUUCACAGACGACCUGCUGGCCAUGAUUCACCUGUCCGACCACAUCGAGAAGCUCAAGAGACUGAAGGCGCCGCCAGCGCCAGACGAUGACGCCAAAGACUCACCCGCCAAAGCAAAGACCUCUAACGCCUCCUCUGGUUCUGGAAAGCGCGGGAGACCCAGGAAAUCCUCCACCUCGGAGAAACGAACGGAUUCUGGCCCAUCUGAACCGAGAACUCUCCGAUCCGAUGACAAGCAAUCCCCAAAACAGCAAACACCUCACAGGGUCAACGGACACAUGAGCAAAAAGAUCAGCAGGUUGAGACGCUCCGUGGACACCAAGGAGGAGCCCGUUCAGCAAGAGAUCUCCCAAGAGCAUCCCGGUUCUGAGGCAGGUUCUUCAGCAUCCGUCGGGGCUGCCAGAAAGUCUCCUUUCUUGAAAGAGGAGAAGAAGAUGGAAUCUGCAAAGGUCCGAAAGAAACCGCAGACGGACAAGAAAAGUGUGGAUCCUCCGGAGAAGGCGUGCUGCCCCGUGGAUGGCUGCUCCUGGUCCGCGGACAUCUCAAAGAACCGGGUCGCCCCUCUGUACCACGCUCUGGAGGAACACUACGGCGACACCAGAUCUCUGGAGGUGGCAUUCCGUGUGGGAAAUGGCAAGUGCAGCAUUUGCUCCAGAGUCAUGUUCAGCUUCCAGCACUUCCUGCACCACGUGGGACGACACAGGGACUCCCCUCGCCACCCGUGCCUCCACCAGGGCUGCCAAGCCCGCUUCAAAUCCGGCAUGGAAAUGCGGCGGCACGCCCGCAAGCACAGCCCGCUGCAGGCCGUGUGCUGCCUGCCCGGAUGCUCCCAGCUCUUCAUCUGCCUGUGGGCGCUCAACCUCCACGAGAAGGACCACUUCUCCGCCAGGCCCGCCAAACCCGACAAGAUUGUUCAGGCGGCAGCGGGGAGGAAGCGCUGCAGCUCAGACGACACUACCGAAAAUCCAGCUGCCAGCGAAGAGCCAUCUGGGAAGUGCAGGCAAGAACGCGACGAGUCGCCACUGAGGGAGGAUGCCGAAGCUCAGAAAAACCUCUGCAGCCAGGAGGAGCCAGAACUGCCAUCUGUUCCCCGCCUGAGGCUGAGGAGAAGCUCACCUGAAGCUCCGCCAUCGCUGAUGCUGAAACACCUGAGCAAAGUCAGACGCAAGCUAAAAAAACUCAAGACAAAGAGAAGAGGACGGCCUCUAAAGGCGAGCAAAGCCACCAAAGAUGAAAACGCUCCGGCUGACAGAAACCCCUCCAAGGUCGAAACCGCCAAGAGUUCAGCAGCCGACGCCAACCGUCUGAGGGUCACGAGGCUCCGAGACCACCGGAAACCGCCGUCCACCACGUUAAAGCUCAAAACGCAGCCAGCCAAGCGCCACAAGGUCAGAAACCACCAAACGCUCUCCAACACCAGCGAGAUGAAGACCAAAUCAGACGAAAGACCUGCAAAGAAACUCGCCUCGUCUGCAGCCCCUCACCAUGACGCCAAAGCGCCCAGCUGUGACGUUCCCCCCAAUCCUCCAGGACUCACUGUGGCGGAGCAGCAAUCCCACAAGAUUCUUCCUACGACGGCAGAGAAGAAAUCCCAGAAGAUGCUUCCCACGGUAGCGGGGAAGAAACCCCAGAAAAUUCUUCCUACAGGAGUAGAGAAGAAAUCCCAGAAAAUUCUUCCUACGACAGCGGAGAAGAAAUCCCAGAAAAUUCUUCCUACAACGGCGGAGAAGAAAUCCCAGAAAAUUCUUCCUACGACAACGGAGAAGAAAUCCCAGAAAAUUCUUCCUACGACAACGGAGAAGAAAUCCCAGAAAAUUCCUCCUACGACGGCGGAGAAGAAAUCUGGUUCCAAAGAAACCACCAAGGUUAAGGAAGACAAAGAGAAAAUUUCCGCCCCAAAAAAGGGGAAACUGGAGCUCCUUCACCAGGACGACUCUACGGAAGCUGCAUUGAGCCAAAAAGAUGUCUCAUCUGCAGACACUUCCCCGUCUGCUGCUCCUCAAGACAUCCAGCAGAAGGAGAAACCAGCAACAAGUGAGAAGCAGGCGGAGCCAAAUAAGGACAAGUCAAAGAAGAAGAGCAAAGAUGGCGCCACGCCUGCAGCCAUCCAGACGGAGAGCCCUGGAGGCCACACCCCCGAGACAGACAUGCCGGGCUCCACCCACACCAUGAACGGAAAGGCGUCGGCGGAGCUGCGCAAGACGUCGGUGUGUAACAAAACACUCGCCCUGUACAGCAAGAAGCCCUACCUGCGCGUGCCGCCCACGGCGUACCUGGACGAGAAAUACACCGCCAUGCCAAAGCGUCGGAAGACGUCCUUCCCGCCGCCGCCCGCCAACGAGACUUUCCUGGAGAAGACCAGCACGCUGGCGCCGAGACAGCGAUGUGCCAAGUGUUUUGCCACUUUCACCUGUUCCGAGGAGCUGCAGACUCACCUGCAGCGACAGAACUGCUCCACGCUGUUCGGGUUCGACUCCGACGACGAGGACGGCCAUAGCUGAGCCUGAUCCACAAAGGGAACAAAGUUCUGGACCCGAGGUCGGGACCGGAGCGAGGUCUCAUGACCUGGAACUGCAGGGUUAACAGACGCUCUGUGGAAAUGAAAUGAACUUAAAAGUCUGGAAAACUACUGAGGUGAACCGAGCCAGGUCCGGUUGUUUGUGGGACGGUUCGUACUGAAGUGCCUGUUCUGGAACCACCGUGCUGUUCUCCACCCGACGCUGUGGAUCACAGACUGGACGAAUGGAAACUGUGAGACUAAAAUAAAAACAAACAAAAAAAAACUAUUCAGCAACCAAGCCAUACGGUGACGUUUGCUUUUUGCACUCGUGAUGCUUUGAGUUCUGGUCGUGGAAAGAACCGGUCCUGGAGGUUGGAGGAUCCUCCUUACAGACACGAUUUAGUCUAAACUCUGAGAUUGCUGUACAACAGUCUUCUUUAAGAAGUUUUUAUUGUAUAGUUCUUGUUUAAAUACUAAAUGUAUUUCUUGUAUACAAAAAUAUGUUCCCUAUGGGUCUCAUUAGAGCUAUCCAAACUAGUGAAUAAUCAGUUUGAAUGUUGAGAAGCGAGCUCAGAUACAGACCAGGAGGCCGCAUGUGUCUUUAGUGAGCAGCAGGUUCUAUUUAUUUAUGGUUUGUUUUCUAUCUUUUGUAAAUAAAGAGUUUCAAUGACUUAAUUGUAUACUGGGGCGUGCUGGAGCUGGGUUUAUAUUUUGUUCUUGGAAAAAUAAUAAACCUGUUUGAAUAUGA